AGUCCUAUCCGUGUGAAUGGUUUUUAAGGGCGUAUUUAUCUCCUCACCCUUGACACAGAUAUUGAAUAACACCUCUGGGGACGGUAUGCUGAUGGACUUCCCUGGCAUGCUCACUCGCUGGGUGCUAGGUUUGGUUUGGUUUGCUGUGUGUAUGUGUGUGUGGUGCUGGUCAUUUCCUCGUUGAGAGGGAAAGAGAAACCAAAGAGGACUCCGCCCCCCUGCUGUGGGCUCCACAGUAACCUGCCAGAGUGACAUGGGCAGUCAGACCAGAGAGGACCAUGUCCUACACGCAGCCCCCAGGGCGCCCCAGCCCUGGACAGACCUGCAGGUUGAUUCUGGUCUUCACCGUGCUCCUGCAGGUGGCCCUGCAGUCCUUCUCCGGGGCUGUGACUUACUUGUACUUCACCCACCAGCUGAAGCAGUACUGGGGUUUGAACUCAGGGCUUCACACUUGCAAGACAGGUGCUCUACUGCUCGAGCCAAACUUCCAGCUCUUUUUGCUCUGGCUAUUUUGCAGGUAGGUUCUCUCUUUUUGCCUAGGCUAGGCUGGAUUAGGAUCCUCACAUGGUAUGUACCACCAUGCCUAGGUGUUGGUUGAGAUGGGGUCUCAGAACUUUUUUGCCCUAGCUGGCCUGGACCCACAGGCGUGAGCCACCAGCUUUAGGUUGCACUAAUGUUCUUUAUGUCCUACUUUCUUGCCCUCAGACUUCUUGCCUGCCACUUUCUCUCACUACUUUCUUUAAAAUAUUUUAAAUAAGUAGAUGAAAAGUCUUCACAUAGACAAGUCAGACUUUCAGAAGCCAGCAGGUGGGAUAAUGUACAUUUGGUCUAAAAUCAGAACCAAGGUUUGGAAUGUCAGGUUUCAUGUUCCUCUGAGACUGAGGGCUGGGAAGAGGUAAACCAGGUCUUUGAAAUAUUGUUUCAGUUUUAGAUUUCUGUGUUGACAAGAAGUGAGAACACAAAGUCCUGGCUUUGUGCCUUUUCCUUGGACACAGGCAUGCUGUUUAUAAAGUUUAUAACAAUAAAGUUAUCAGAUGGGCUCAGUAUUCCACUGCUCAUGGGGAAAUAACUGAAAAUAGAAUUGACACUCUAUGCCCCUGGGAUAGUACAGGCACCAAUGAAGGUAUGAAUGCAGAGAAAAAGAGUUAGUGUCAGUUUAAGUUACGUAUUUCUCAACUAUUUGAAACUACGAAUGCAAAAUUGCUGAAAAUAAACCAACUCAGCUUUUUGCUCCUUAUGUGUAUUUUUGACUAAUCACAAAUUGCAUAGUAUUGAGAGUUGGAAGGGACUUUGGACCCCCAACUCCAAGCCCCAUUGCUAUUUCAUAGGUGAGGAAUCUAGAAAUCCACAGAAAAAUGUGUCGCUCAAGCUCAGGCAAGGAUUUGGAGGCACAGUAGAAGCUAGCAGCCAGGGUUCAGGGUUCAGGGUUCAGCGUGAGUAAUGUUCUACCUUCCACAGCAAGGCGCCCAUAGAGUCCUGAAACGUCAAAGCUGCAUACUAGCUAGCUAGGAAAUGCAAGGGUCUCAGAAAAAUAUAAAUUGUGCAAAAGCCAUAGAGUGUUAAUAUCUGCUAGAAAAAUUCAGUUUGUAUGCUUUGUGGAGUAUGGAUUUAGUUAUCUCAAUUGCUGAAUGAUUUUCCUUUGAAAAUGGAUCGUCAUGGAUUUGGAAGCCUUGGGUUGGUAAUAGAAUUUACUGAGACAGGGAGUAGGAGAAAACACCGGACCUGGAGUGUGGAAUCCCAGGAGAUUUGGCCUGGAGUACAAAACUUCAGCUUCAGUAUUUUUAUGCAUAAAUAUUGAUUUCUGAACAAAUAACACCCAGAGAGGGAGCCUCAACUACCCGCCUCAUCCUCACAUGUUUCUUGCAUGAUGGUGCUUGGCAGUUUCUUCUGCAGACCUUGGCAUUGCUGGUGACUGACUGUGCGACAGGUUGUGUGCUGAGGUUAUUUUAAGAAUGAUUAAUGAUGAUUAAUGUUAUGUGUCUCUCCCCCUCCUUCCUUUUCAGCUCAAAGUAUGAAUUUCCUGCAGUAUUUAGUGGGCUGAGAUCAUUCUCUAGCUGACCAACAUGUGGGUGCUGGGGGAGGGGAGUAUACAAGUGCUGUUUUCACUUCCAUGCUUCUGGAGCAUUUCACACUGGGUACUGUUCUUCAGCUCCAGAAGUCCUUGGUUCUGAGACGAGGGUAUCCAUGGUGACUGUGCUUCAUGCUGUCUCAAGUUGUCUAGGCUAAGGCUGACCAGUCCUUGGUGGGGCACUUGAUAUCAGCAGGGUAGACUCCUUUGGUGACGCAGAGAUUUUGGAUGACACCACUGACUUUUUCUGCUGCCCAAGCAUUAGUCUCUGGCAAUCAUUUGGUACACGCGUGUAGUGCUGGCAUGGAACCCAGGGCCUUGCACAUGCUAGACAAGCCUCCUGCCACUGUGCUACAUCCCCAGCCCUUUCUGACAUCAUCUUCGGCAAAGCACAAAUAGCAUAUAGGAGCACUUGUGAGGCUUUAUGGAGAAGGGUCCCGUUCUUCUUCUUCUCCAUCUGUGAUGCCACAAUGACAGGUCAUUUCCUUGUUUGGAAACUUUCUCAGAAAGAUGCAGACUUCAGAGUUCAUACUUCACGUUUGCUGGCCUACCGGCUUCUUGUGAAGGUUCAGUACACAUAACUGAGCCUUUCUUAACCCAUCCUCCCUGCAAUUCUUACAGUACAGUCUACAAGUUUCCACAAGCCAAAGUAGAACUAGGGUCUGUUUCUGGAAAAUAUCAUCUCUGUUAAACAUGCUUUUUCAAACUCCACACAGACAAGGAGACUCCUUAUGUGUAUUUUUGACUAAUCACAAAUUGCAUAGUAUUGAGUUGGAAGGGACUUUGGACCCCCAACUCCAAGCCCCAUUGCUUAGGAAAUCUAACUAAGAGGAUGACGUCUUCAAAUGACCUUUCAAUAACAAUUUAAUAAGCAACUACUGAAUACCUGGGUUCAAAAUUGGGCUUUAUCAUUUGCUAGCUUUGCAAUCUUGGAAAAAUCACUUAACUUUCUCGAGCCUAGUUUGUGCAGCUAUAAGACAGUGUAAUUAUACUGACUUUCUGGGAUUGUUAUGAUGAUGAAACAGCAAUAGUUACCCAAGUCUCUAGCAUAUAAGAAUUGUGGGGUGUCUGUUAAUUCUCCUCCCUUUCUAGUAGUCAGCCAAGACACAUGCAUAAGUGGGGAGAUGUUAUUUGAAAUUUCCUUUUUUUUAAGUAGAAGAAAAAUACAAAACUUGAUUAUGUACACAGACAAUUACAUUAGUCAGCGCAGCAGAGGAUCAGUUCAGUCUUAAAAUCAGGCCAACUUGUAAUGUGUGCAAAUUACUGGAACCACUUGUGUAUCGAGAAACAGCCUCACUCUGUUUAUGCUGCAGAGUUAACAAAGAUGAGACUAUGCUGGCUCCAUGUGAAUAAACAUAGGAGUGUGCCAAUCUCUUACUAAAAGUAUGAUUAUAUUUAUGUUGAUUUUUUCCCUUAGAAAUUUUCCUUCUAAACAAAGACCUUACAACAAAGUUUUCUUUACAGGCCAUUCAAUGGUAGCCAUAAUUUUCAUAAUUACUUGUAAAUAAAGCAAGAAUCUUCCUCCAUGUGGA